GCUCUCCCAAGCCCCGCUUUGCUUUGGCGGGUCGAUGGAUCUCUGAGCGAGGGAGGGACGCAGGCGGGGAGGAGGGAGGUGAAUGCCCCCUCUUCAGUGCCUUUGCACCAACAGCAGCAGCAAAACUUCUGAAGGUUUGGAGAAGAUUGUAAAACAACGGCCAAGAAGGACUAUAGCAGUAUUAUAAUUCAGCUUACUGGACGUGCCAAAUCUCAAUAUGUAUCACUCUGUUUCUGGAGCUAGCCAUCCUUUGCAAGCUGAGGAGCAAGAAAUAGGGAUUGAUCCCCUUCAGAGUUAUGGGAACAAAACUGAUGAAGAUGUGUCAAAUGAAAAUGGAAGAGUACAGCUUACUUUGGAUACUGAUGGGAUCUUUUUAUCAUAUAGUAAAGAAUGGGAAGAAUUAUUUGUAAACAACAAUUACUUGGCAACCAUACGGCUGAAGGGGAUUAAUGGGCAGCUGAGAAGCAGCAGGUUUCGUAGUGUUUGCUGGAAGCUAUUUCUGAAUGUUCUACCUUCUGAUAGAAAUCAUUGGAUUACAAAAACAAUAAAAUUAAGAGCAUUAUACAAUAAUGUAAAAGAAAUUCAUAUUACAAACCCUCGGAAAGCUGGACAGCAAGACGUAAUGAUCAACAACCCACUCUCACAGGAUGAAGGGAGUCUUUGGAACAAAUUUUUUCAGGACAAAGAACUUCGAGGAAUGAUUGAACAAGAUGUAAAACGAACCUUUCCUGAAAUGCAGUAUUUCCAGGAAGAAAAUGUGAGGAAAAUUCUUACGGACAUUCUCUUCUGUUAUGCUCGGGAAAAUGAGCAGUUACUUUAUAAACAGGGUAUGCAUGAACUUUUAGCACCUAUUGUCUUUAUUCUGCAUUGUGACCACCAAGCUUUUCUACAUGCAAGUGAAGCAGCACAACCAAGUGAGGAAAUGAACGUUCUUUUGAAUCCUGACUACCUGGAGCAUGAUGCCUAUGCAAUGUUCACUCUUCUAAUGAAAACAGCGGAACAUUGGUUUUCAACUUAUGAGCAUGACAGUCAAAAGGAAAAAGAUGCUGCGAUGACCCCUAUUCCGUUUGCAAGACCACAAGAUUUAGGUCCAUCAAUAGCCAUUGUUGCAAAAGUUAAUCAGAUCCAAGAUCAUUUGCUAAAGAAACAUGACAUUGAGCUCUACAUGCAUCUGAAUAGGCUUGAGAUUGCACCUCAGAUUUAUGGACUGAGAUGGAUAAGGCUUCUGUUUGGACGAGAAUUUCUCCUUCAGGACCUUCUUGUUGUGUGGGAUGCUUUAUUUGCUGACAGCAUCACUCUUGAUUUGGUUGACUACAUUUUCUUAGCUAUGUUGCUAUAUAUUAGAGAUGCCUUGAUAUCAAGUAAUUAUCAGACUUGCUUGGGCCUUCUGAUGCAUUAUCCACCUAUCGGAGAUGUUCAUUCAUUAAUCUUGAAAGCCCUUUUUCUCAGAGAUCCAAAGAGAAAUCCCAGACCUAUAGCUCACCAAUUCCAACAGAAUUUGGAUUACUACAAAGCACGUGGAGCUGACUUAAUGAAUAAAACUCGUAUCAAUGCAAAGGUUGCUCCUCUGAACAUAAAUAAAGUUUCCAGUAGCUUAUUGAAUUUUGGCCGCAAGCUGAUAUCCCCAGCAAUGACUUCUAGCAGUGCAACUCUUCCAGUUGCAGGUAGCAGUGGCAAUGUUUCUUCUGUUGUCAUGCCCACAAGGAGCACAGUAGAACUCCCUCCAUCUCAGCAGCAAAGAAUAAUGAAAUCUGAAAGUGUGCCAGUUCAGCUAAGCAAAGGAGAAGUAGUUAAAGGCAGUGAUGUUCCAAUAUCAGUUCCUGUCCAGAAUCUAAGCAACUUCCACGGAACAGUUACUACAGUAACACAUGGGCAAAGUACAAAAAAUGGGAGUCCUUCUCCAAGCAUUGAAAGUUUUUCUGGAGGACGUGAAUCCACUGAAUCUCCUCCUUUGUCUGCAACCAAGAAGGAAUCUUUUUUCAGUACAAUUUCCCAUUCACGUUCUCAUAGCAGAAAUAUGAGCAAAAAAGAAUCUGAAGAAGAAUUAGAGACUCAGAUUUCAUUUCUUCAAGGACAAUUGAAUGAGUUAGAAGCUAUGUGUAAAUAUUGUGCAAAAAUGAUGAACAUACAUCUAGGAAAUAUUCAAGAAGUCAUCCUGCAAGAACACUUGGAAAAAGAAGAUGAAAUUUUAGUUUCUUUGGCUGGGCUGAAGCAGAUUAAAGAUAUUCUGAAAGGCUCCCUCCGUUUCAAUCAGAGCCAAUUGGAAGCAGAAGAGAACGAACAGAUUACAAUAGAAGAUGAUCAUUAUUGUUCCAGCAAUCAGAACAAGAAGGCAGUUGAAAACAUAGAAAACCCCUCAGCUCCAAAGCAGUCUGUCCCUCUAUUGAAGAAGGCUACUGAUCAUCCAGGUAGAAGUCCUGUUAAAAGACACAGUGAUGAUUACAUCCUGGUUUCUAAAGAGGAAGGAAAAGUUGUUUCUGCUUCUUAUCAGGAACAGACUUUACCUGCUUCCCAGGAUAUGAACAUGAAGACUGAGGCUCCAUGUCACACUUCUUUAGCCUUCACUGAUCCACUGAUGGGAUCUAUGUCUGCCUCUUCAAGUAACCUCAGUUCUAGUCCUGAUGAUAGCAGCAGCAACAACAGCAAGGAUUCUGAUUUUACAAUUGUUAGCCCUCUUGAAAUGUAAGAAAGCUAUUCAAGAAGUUAGCAUCUCCUGUGCCUCAAGACUUGGUCUGUUGUGAUUUCAGAUUUAUAAGGCUAAACAUGUCAGUGAACAGAUACCAUCAAGGCAACCCAGGUUAACCAGAAACUAAAAACAACAAACAUGUAAUAAUUUCCUUUACAAUACACACAUGUAAUACCAAGAUGUAAUAUAUGAGUGCAGAUACUUGUUGGUUUACUCCUGUUAACAGAUUUUUGAAACCUUGAGUUAGUAAGUUUUUAUUCCCCCAUCAUAUAAAAUAAGUCUCAUGAAUUUACUGGAAAGUACCUACUCAAAUAUAGGGAAACAAAUGAAUA